UAUUCUAUUUUUACCCUUUACCCAUUCCUCUUUCCCUUUGUGAGAACACAAAGAAAUCCCACUGUUGCGUAAACUCCCCGACUAGAGAGAGAGAGGAGAGCAGAUCCAAUCGCCAUGGCGAAUAGCAAUCUACCGCGCAGAAUCAUCAAGGAAACCCAGCGUCUUCUAAGCGAACCAGCCCCAGGAAUCAGUGCGUCGCCUUCAGAAGAAAAUAUGCGGUAUUUCAAUGUAAUGAUUCUUGGGCCAACACAGUCUCCUUAUGAAGGAGGUGUUUUUAAGCUGGAGUUAUUUUUACCAGAAGAAUACCCAAUGGCUGCCCCAAAGGUACGCUUCCUAACAAAAAUUUACCACCCAAACAUUGACAAGCUUGGAAGAAUAUGCCUGGACAUUCUUAAAGACAAAUGGAGUCCUGCACUUCAGAUAAGAACUGUACUUUUGAGCAUUCAAGCACUUUUGAGUGCUCCAAAUCCUGAUGAUCCGCUCUCGGAAAAUAUUGCAAAGCAUUGGAAAUCAAAUGAGGCCGAAGCUGUUGAAACAGCUAAAGAAUGGACGCGUUUAUAUGCAAGUGGUGCAUGAAGUAGCCAUGGAAAAACUCAGGACUCCCAAGAAAUAACCUAAUUGUAUCCUAUUGACCUCAAUUGGAAUGGAAAAUUGGAAGAAUGAUCUUGCUCAAAACUCGAGAAUAUAGUACUCGUUUCCUGUUCUAAACUGCUGCUCAAAAUGUAUAAUGAAUUAUAAUAUGCUUCUGUUACAACUUACAAGUGUGAUCUGUGAGAGUUAAGAACACUCUAUCUUGUGUCUA